AUGCUCAAAAUCAACCAGGCCGAGUACUGUCCGUGGAUCGAAACGUCUGGAAUACAGGUAUUCGUUCACGCUGCUGAAGAAGACAUCUUCUCGGAAUCUGGCUGCAUCCGCUCGUGCUACCAGGAAGCCGUCCAAGAAAGUUGUGGCUGUGGCGGAUCCGCGGUAUCCGAUGGCAGCGACGGCGACAGCAUGAACCUGCGGAACGACAUCGACGCGUUGGGCGACCCUUCGACUUGCGCCAUCAUGUGCUGCCCUCAAGCUCCCGACCCAACGGGUCUA